UCACCCAAGGACUCAACCCGCCUGAGCAACCCUGCCUGUGACACUGCCCGUGGGGCCCAGGAGAGGCCAGGACACUGUCAGGGAGAUGGAGAAACCACUUCUUCACCUUGCACAGGCGCCCAUCCUUCCCCACUGCCCAGCAAUCCCCUGAGGCAAGAGCCGGGGCUGAGGCAAGUCCAGCCAGCAUCCUGGGAGGCAGCCAGGGAUGGGGCCGCUCAGGAAGUCCCAGACCCAGGCUGGGCAUAAAGGGGGGUCCCGCAGGCUGGGAGGAGGCUCACCUGGGCACCAUGGAGACCCAGAGGGCCAGCCUGUGCCUGGGGCGCUGGUCACUGUGGCUUCUGCUGCUGGGACUCGUGGUGCCCUCGGCCAGCGCCCAGGCCCUCAGCUACAGGGAGGCCGUGCUUCGUGCUGUGGAUCGCCUCAACGAGCAGUCCUCGGAAGCUAAUCUCUACCGCCUCCUGGAGCUGGACCAGCCGCCCAAGGCCGACGAGGACCCGGGCACCCCGAAACCUGUGAGCUUCACGGUGAAGGAGACUGUGUGUCCCAGGCUGACUCGGCAGCCCCCGGAGCUGUGUGACUUCAAGGAGAACGGGCGGGUGAAGCAGUGUGUGGGGACAGUCACCUUGAACCCAUCCAAUGACCCACUGGACAUCAACUGUGAUGAGAUUCAGAGUGUCAGGAGACGUCCCCGACCCCCAUAUUUGCCAAGGCCAAGGCCACCUCCGUUUUUCCCACCAAGGCUCCCACCAAGGAUCCCACCAAGGUUCCCACCAAGGUUCCCACCAAGGCUCCCACCAAGGAUCCCACCAAGGUUCCCACCAAGGUUCCCACCACGGUUCCCACCACGGUUCCCACCACGGUUCCCCGGAAAACGGUGAUGGAGUGGCUGAUAACAUACCCAUUAAAAGCUUUUGGUGAAUCCUGAGCCCAGGGAAAGUCCUAGGAUCUUAUUUGUUGUGGCUCAGACUUCUGAACCGUGAAAAAUAAAUUCUUGU